AUGCGACGCUCCUUGAAAAUAUUGUUCUUGCUCCUUGCUGGUACCCUCCUUAUCAAACAAGUCCGAGCUCCUGCUCCCCAUCCAGAAGACACAGAUUCAGAUUCGGAUUCAGAGCCACAACCGGUCCCAAACACAAACGAUGAUGACAACUCAGGCUCAAGCUCCGGUGAAGGCGAAGACUUGGGUCACGUUGGCGGUAUAACGUUGAGCGGUGGAACUCCAGCCGCACCCGUCGCCCCUCCUUCUGAGGGCAAUGAGGCGGAAUUCGAAGAAGAAGACGUCGACUACAGCGAAAUCCUAGAGCACGUAUCCGAGCUCCUCGACGCCAUCACUUCCAUCAUCUCCGACAUAGACAGCGGCUCCUCAACAACGGUAUCAGCACCUCUACCCACUGCAGCAUUACCUUGCUACAGCGUCUCAAGUAUCUAUAAUGAGUGCGCCCUACGCAACAGCGAAUUCCCGCAUCUGGUUUUCCCCAUACAGGCGAGUUGCUUGUGCUAUGUAACUAAGGGCAACGAUACCACAGCCAUCUGGGCGCCUGACUCCUACGACGGGCAUAUGAGCCGCUGUAACAAUUUCGCUCAGACACAGAGUCAGGCUUCAAUUACGAAUAGCAACCCCGGCACUAGCCGUGGCGAGUUCGACGACUACGCCUUCGGCUACCCCGGCCUCGACUACCACUGCACCCAGUACACCUACUGCCACAGGCACAAGUGGUUCAGCAAAGCGAGUGUCUGUGUUGAGGUCCCUGGUUGUGUGCAUGGGACUGUGGCUUUGUAG